UAGUCCCUUUAUGACCUAUUCAUCUCAUCAGUUUCCGCAUAAUUCUAGUACUAUGUAAGAAAGAAGUCUUUCUUGUUGUCGCCAGCACUUCUGCUAGAGUUUCGUUUCUAAACUUUGACUUUUGCUUUGUUACAAGGAAUCAAUCCCCUCAGUAAGCGCCGAGCAGCGCCUGAGCGUCGCUGCUUGUUUGUGUCUUCUGAGAGAUGACGUCUUUUUUUUUCGGAGUGGCACUGGUACUGAGAGAACCGAUGUUGCGCUUUGCCCGAUAGGCUGCUUGGUGCAGAUUUACAUCUAAUGAUAACGGUUUCCUAAAUACCAAACAUAAUGACCACACCCGGGAUGAAACAAGUCGGCGUAUUCAAGGCGACAGCAGCUGCCGUUCUUGGCAUGCUUCUUGUGAUUGUUUUACUCGUUUUUGGCCCACGACCGCUUAAAUCAGCAAAUCGCAUCGACAGGCCCGCUGCGGAAUCUACGCUGCCAGGCACGGUGCAGGCAAACGGCGAAAAAGGCAGUGUGUUUGACGAGCUUUGCAGCGAUGCGAGAAUACACUGCCCGCCGUUCGAAACGAAAGUUUCGAUCGGUGUGUGCGAAACCGCGCGCAGGCUAUUAGAAGAGCAUCGAAAGAAUCCACACAGAAUUGACAAGCCACCAGGAUGGCCAGAGCUCACAGCACCGGCAAGCAGUGCGAGCAGUUCGGUAGAAGCAGCUGGGGUAGCAAGAAGGGCAACAGCAUCGAGCGUGUUAUUCAGUGCUGCAGAUGUUGACAAAAGAUCAGAGCAUGCUGAAAGUGCGAGCAUACGGUGGAACACGGAGGGAAAUGUUCAGAUAUCAGGCUUCGCGUGGCGGUUGCGGGGCCGAGAAAGCAAUAGCGAGCAAAUGCAAGCCUCAGAUGUGGCGGGAGUUCAUAACCUAGCUGGGAGUCCUUCUCGCCAACUCCAAACCGCGGGCAGUUCCUCAAGUUCGGAAACGACUGCAUCGACAGGAGACACGUCGCAGCCAAUCUCGUACACGCGCCAGAAUGUCACCUUUUACCUCAACAACACCAUUUCAGGCAGGGUGGAGCAGGAUACCCUCCCGCUGCUCACCAGGGGGCGCUGGGUCACGGACUCGCAAAACAACCGGGUGAAUCUCCGGUAAGAAAGACGUUGCUUCGAGUGCUACUUAAGGAAAGCAUACGCAUAUUAUAAGUUUCUUUCUCUUUGACAUUUCUAGUCGUGAUCAUCACUCUUUCUCCCUGAGUCGCGUUGUUCAACAACACCAGGUGCGUGAACUGGUACGGGCCGCACAUGGGGCACGCGCACGUGAACGGGCUCAACGCGCAACCGCUGGACGUGAUCGCGCAAAUCAUCGUGGAGGCCGAUUUCAACUGCGUGCGCCUGACCUACUCCCUCGACUUGGUGUACAACCAGACCCGCAUCGGGAACCCAUCGGACCAACUGGCCAAGAACCGCGAGCUGUGGGACCUGUCCCCGAUGCAGAUUUUCGACCGCACCGUGGAAGCGCUGACGAGAAAGAAGAUCAUGGUGUUCCUGAACAAUCACAUAUCCUCCGCCGGCUGGUGCUGCGACAACGACGACGGCGAGGGGUUGUGGUACACGCAGAAGUACAGCGAGCGGGACUGGAUCAACGGGCUGCUGCUGCUUUCGCAACGCUACGCAAACAACCGCUACGUGGUCGGCCACGACAUACGGAACGAGAUCCGGCCCAGCAUGGGCAAGGACCCCGUGUGGUUCUCGAAGGACCGGUUCGAGGCCUGGGCGCCGGCGGCGCUGCGCGCGAGCCUGGAAAUGAAGAAGGCGGUGCCCCACCAGCUGAUCAUCGUGUCCGCGCUGUACUACGGCAUGUUUAUGUGCGACGUGGACGAAUUCCCCGUGCACGAGCUGGUUCCCGGGUCGAUCGUGUAUGCCGCCCACGCCUACAAGUGGUACUCCAUCCGGUGGCACGUGCGGACCAUGAUCGAGGUGUAUUUGUCCUCCUUCGUGGCGUUUCUGGUGUUGUCCUGGAUGUUCGUGCUCUACCUCGGACUGCAAACGCGCUACUGCCCCAACAACUGCUUUACGAGGCUGUUGACGCGCUCGUUGCGGUUCUGCUGCAAGCGGCGGAGACGACUGGGAGCGUCGUCGCGCCGCAGCGACCGAACCAGCAAAAUGUCGACCCCGAGCAACUACGAUGCUGGGGACGCGGAAAAUAAAAAUGUGGAUGGAGUGCUGGAGAGGUACAAAUGCAUGCUGUGUUUUUCUGAUGCGGAACUGAGAGCGGAUUUUAGAGAUAUCCAAUCGAAGAAGUUUGUUUUCGCACGGCGCGAAAAAAAAGAAAUCGAAACACGAAUAUCGGAAAAAUGAUUCUACUUUCAGGUGUUGCCACUUCAUAAAGUACAAUCGCGUUGUGUCUCUUGCGGGCUUCUUGACCUUUUCCGUCCCCAUCAUGGCGUGGACCAGUGCGAUUGUAGGCGAGAUUUGUUCGAUCCACGCGCGUGCCACUGCGAUGGUGCUCUUCAUUUUCGCGAGCGCCGUUGCUGGUGUAUCAGCGCUGCUCUGGUUUGUCGUGUUCGUCCGCGGCAUGAUCGAAUACGGACCGCUACUGAAUGAGGAAGCAAGCACCUCGCGCCUGCGCCAGCUGCUGCAAAGUCCGAACUCCCCGACCGGGGCGAACGCGGACAGCGGGGCCGAAGGGUCCGACAGCGAGCACUCCAGUCAGCACAACCUGUCCAUGCUGCGUUCGCCGUUGGAGAUGGUGAAACAGGAGCGCAGACGGGAGAAGCGGUGGUCCCGUAAAUUGAAGCGGCGCGAGAGGAGGCGACUCCGGCGCGAGGCAGCGUCCCGGGGGGAGAUCUUGCUCAGUCCGGAGAUCAGCAGCAGUGAGGACGACUCCAGCGACGAGGAGGGUUGGCGGCAUUCCUCUGCCGAGCUCGAUGUGUAUCCGCGACCGAUGGUUGGUGCCCCGGUCAGCGGUACCUACUCGCGCGGCUCGCCGCUGUAUCCACCACCCACCAGCAGCGGCGGCAGCUCGUUCCUGGCCACCGCUUUCAGCGACCAGAAGCCGCUCACGACGGGCCGCAGUGUGCGCGGAGCACCAAAACCGUCAAAGGUUGUACUAAAUCAGCAGCGCGGCAUCACCCCGCCAUCCACGCGCUCCAGCAGCUUUACCGAGCAAACGGCACUGCAGCAACACCGGGGCGGAACACGAAGCGGGAGGCUGCUGCAGCCUGCGCCGGUUGGCGGGCCGCGAAUCCGCGGUCGCAGCACGCCGCUGCAGCGCGCCCUGAACGCGCCGCCCUUGCACCGCGACAUCUCCGGACAGCAAACGAGUAGCGGAUCUUUGCGCCGAACCUUUUCCGACACGACAGGCGGCGUGCGCCUCCAGGUCAUCAGGAAAAUCCCCUCGAGGAACGCCCUGCAGCAACAGCCGCAGCCCGCCGAGAAUCCGCCGGCGCUUGCGCCGACGCUGCAACGAAAACAGAAAGCGAAGAGGAAAAAGCGGUCGGAGGGUGAAGCUAACGCGCCGGAAGACGAAAAGUUGUCUCCACACGCGACCGUGAGCGAGUCGGAGCACGGAGGAUCCUCAUCCAGGGACGGCGAAAACUUUACCACCAGCAAUACCCCGCUCGCGCCCCAACCGGAUGAAUUUCGUCUGAAGUUGCGGGAGGCGAGUCUCGGUUUGAAGCGAAGUUUCCAGGAGAUGGGCGUCGCCAUGAGCUCCGAAGAGCCCACGCCGGAAGUGCACAGUUUGAUCGGGCACGAGGGUGGUCACUACAACAUUGUGCCAUCCUCUAGCUCGUCCGCCGAGCCUGGGCCGACGAGGCUCGCAGGUAGAGUAGAACCUAUCUUUGAUCAUGUGUCCCGAGGAGGUUGAGCGUUGGGCUCAGUAAGUAGAAUCGUCAGUGCAGAAUGCUUUUUCUUGAUGUUGAAAACUGCGCUUUGCAGCAAACUGACUUUUUGCACAAAACAGGUGUUAGAGGGCGCGUCGAUCCGCACAUCGCCCCGCAAGUAGGCAACCAAGCGUUUAUUAGCCGCGACAACAGUAAAACGUCUUCGCAGAAUAUGCGCGCCGAGGGGUCGUCCGCCUCCGCGUCUUCGUCUGCGCAGGAGACACAUGACUUUCACUCCUUGUCAGAAGAAGAGCUGGAAAUGGAGGAGGAGCCGUCGUUCCGCGCGGUGGUAAUGGAAAGCCCGGACGUGGCCGCCGGGGUUCCCGCGUCCAACAGCCGGCACCCCGACUUCCAGCGCCGCUUGCAGUUCAACGCCGAAGGCGACCACCAGACGGAGUUCCCAGCCGCGACUGGCGGAGAAGAAGUUGCAGUUGAGGAGGGGCGGGACGACCAGCAGCUGCUCAGUCAGCAAAGCAUGAGCGGGGUGCGAUUGGACGAAAACCGCGGGCCGAGUCAGAUACCGAUACCACUAGGGGACGAGUUGGCGUUCGAAAACUGUGCAAGUUCGUCCGAAGCGGACCCUGGAUCCGCGGGCAAGCGGCACGCGGAAGAAAUGGGAGUGGACACGACGGGAACAAGGUUUGCUGGGGCCGAAAAUCUCAUGUUUGCGCACCAUGAUCACAGAGUGCCACAAGCAGAAGGGGAAAACAUUCCGCCCUCCAUUCCUGGGCACGACAGGUGGACGCGGACGACGACGAUGACGCGGCCGCGCUCUAUUGUGACCAACAAUUAUAAUCGCGCCACCUACAGCGACCCCGCAGUGUGGCAAUUCCAAUUUCACAACACCCGGAACGCCGGCGACUCGUCUUUGUCCAAUAGCUCAAGAAGCGUCUACUCAACCUCGGAGCAGCCGUCCGCGAUCCGGCACAACGACAAUUCCCCAUUGAGCAUCAACAUCGACGGCGCCAGUAGCAUCUCACCGGCUGGCACUACAAACGCCGGCAGAGCGAAUCCGGGGUUGACGAUCUUGAGCGGUACGAGCGCGAUCAGCGCCGUCCCGCCCGGCACAACAGCCGGUGCUGCAGCCCCGGGCAGCACGAGAAGCACGUCGAUGCGGAAUUCGCUUUUCGCCGCCGCGAAACCGCCCGGCGGCGCGAAGAAGAGCGUGCAGUUUCAGGAGCAGCCGCUGACCCCGCCGCCGCCGUCCGCCUUCCGCUACAGCGCCGACCGGUUUGUGCAGAAGCGGUCGCGGCAGUCCGUGGUGCCCCCCGCGCUGUUUGGCGGCUCGGAGUUGGCCGACCUGAAGCUCCGCGAGCAGGCGGGGAAGUGUGCGCCGCGGAUCAGCACGCGGUGCGGGUGGCUGCGCCGGUGCAUCCGGUUCCGCUGGUACCACUGGUUUCUGAUCCUACUCAUCGUCAUGGUUUUCACCCUGGCCAUGAUUUACUCCUACCUCGGCAGCUACGAGCGGUUCGCGGACGAACUCGACAAGAACUGGGGCUUCCUGCUGCACAACGGCCGCGCGCCGGUGUGGCUCAACGAGUUUGGUACGGGGAACCCGGGCUCGUGGUGGCGGAACAUGAUGCGGUACAUCAACGAGAACCGCGUGGACUUCGCCUACUGGAGCAUCGACGGCCAGAAGGAGCCCGGCCGGGAGGAAACCUACGGACUCCUCGAGAUGUGGUACGACGAAUACAGGUAUUUGUCAAAAAUGCUGGACCUGAGCCCGCACUUCGACUACCAAACGCGGAACGGCAGGAUUUUCCCCCUGGCCGUCGUGCAGUACAACGACAACCACGGAAUUCUGCCCCCCUGGGACGGAUUCUACGACGGGCAGUGAACUGGCUGCUGGUCAGGCCUGGUUGAUGUGCUGGAAAGUUCUCUGAAAUAGGCUAUAGAAACCUAUUAAUGAAUACCUACCCGCACUGAUUUUUUUCCUCAAAAAUCAUUCGACCUGCACCUGGCUUUCCUGAAUAACGGACCUACACUCGUUGUCGCAGCUCUCCCCAAAGAGCCCAGACCCACGCAUUGAUUUGCCGACUUGGCCCUUUUCGAUGUUGUAUCGGCGAUGUUUUGUCCUCGACAAACGCAUCAAAGGGAAUAAAAAAGCUCUUUUUCUUGAUGCAUAUGCCAA